UGUUCAAUUGCAGGUUGCACUGAGCAUCCAGAAUGCACAACCAAGGGUGGGUUCUGCGUCACUGGGAAAAUCGAAGACACCUGCAGUGGCGGCGUAGAGUUGAAAGGUGGAUGCAAGCAAGGGUAUUGUUCCUGCUGUAUUCCACCUUGCACAGCUCUUGAGAGGUGUACCAGCAAUGGAGGACAGUGUUUCAACAAGAAUAGUAACUUCCAAUGCAACGCAACCGUCUACCUUGAAGGCUGCAGUCAGUCGUACUGUGCUUGCUGCAUUCCCAAUGUUACUGUCUGCAUUGAAAAGCCCCAGUGUGACACUGCUAAUGGCACCUGUAUGAAACCCGAUGCCUGGAGUACUUGUAACGGUGCAGUUGACAGCUCUGCCUGCUAUGGCACAAACUGCGCUUGUUGCAAGCCAGGAGCUUGUACACCAAAACCCAUCUGUUCGAACAAUGAAGGCUACUGCUUCGACACCACAAGUACUCAAACCUGCAGCGGAACUGUCUAUGCCGAUGGUUGUGAUGGACCAAACUGUGCUUGCUGUUUCACCAAUCCUAAUAUUUGUGUGGAAUUACCUGAAUGUGGAGGAGACAGCGGGAGAUGCGUGAAAGAUGAUGACUGGGGAACUUGCUAUGGCUUGGCUGAACCAGCAGGUUGUCUUGGAAACAAAUGCACUUGCUGCCAGGAUUGUACCCGUAAUGCCCAGUGUACUGCUAAUCAAGGAUAUUGCUACAAUAGUGCGAGUAGCUACACGUGCACAGGUACCAUCUACGAACAAGGAUGCGGGGAGGCUGCAUGUCACUGUUGUAUUAAUGAUACUUCCCUCUGUGUUCUGUUACCUGACUGCGAGAACAGUGGUGGAUCUUGCAUGAAACCUGCAAACUGGAGUACCUGUGUUGGUGCAAUUGACUCGGCUGAUUGCCUUGGAGAUGACUGUGCCUGUUGCCAUCCAACAGCUGUUUCAGGAUGUUCACCAAAACCCAUCUGUUCAGACAAUAAUGGUUACUGCUUCAUUACGAAUAGCAGCCAUGUAUGCAAUGGUAUCACUUAUGACGAAGGGUGUGAUGGACCAAAUUGUGCUUGUUGUUUCAUGGAUCCUGAUAACUGUGUGGAAUUACCUGAAUGUGGAGGAGACAGCGGGAGAUGCGUGAAAGAUGAUGACUGGGGAACUUGCUAUGGCUUGGCUGAACCAGCAGGUUGCCUUGGAAACAAUUGCACUUGUUGCAGGGAUUGUACCCCCAAUUCCCAGUGUACUGCUAAUCAGGGAUAUUGCUACAAUAGUACGAGUAGCUACACGUGCACAGGUACCAUCUACGAACAAGGAUGUGGGGAGACUGCGUGUAACUGUUGUAUUAAUGAUACUUCUCUCUGCGUUCUGUUACCUGGGUGUGAGAGCAGUAGCGGAUCUUGCAUGAAGCCUACAGACUGGAGUAGCUGUAAUGGGACAGUUGAUUCCACUGAAUGCCUUGGAGAUGACUGUGCCUGUUGCAGUCCAGGAGUCUGUUCACCAAGCAGCGCCUGCACCGGCAAUAAUGGUUACUGCUACAGUGUGCUGAGCAGCCACGUAUGCAGUGGUACCGUGUUCUCUGAAGAAUGCAGCGGGACAAAUUGUUCCUGCUGCAUUGAAGAAUUCACAGUUUGUGGAAAUGACAGCACAUGCACAGCUCAAGGGGGUUACUGCUACAACGAAUUAAGUGGCCAAGUUUGUAAUGACAUCAUUGAUGCAACACUGUGCUCUAGUGCAACUUGCAGCUGCUGCCUUCCUUCUCCAGGCUCAGGAUCUUCUGAAUCAGAAUCUUCAGAAACUGGAUCUGCAGAAAAUCAGUCUUCGGAAAUGGGAUCCAUAGAAACUGGAUCUUCAGAAAUGGGGUCUGUAGAAAUUGGAUCUUCAGAAAAUCAAUCUUCAGGAAUGGGAUCUUCAGAAGCUGGCUCUUCAGGAGCAGGGUCUUCAGAUGUGCAAUCUUCAGAGACAGAAUCUUCCAAUCCAAGUCUGCCUCUUCCUCCUCCUGUUCAUAUUCCUACUCGAGGAAGACCAGCUCAUCUUCUUAAGCCAUAAAUAUCUACAUAGAUAUUUAAGAUGGCUAUAAUUACUCUGAUUUAAGAGGGUUAUAGUCACUUUGAUUUAAGAUAGUUAAUCCACUGGACGUGCUUAAAACAAUCAGAAACUUUUGAAAAGGUUUAUAUUUUGUUAAUUAAUUCCCAACA